UUUCAGUCUCCGGGAUGCAGAGUCGGUCCACCAAGGGGUUUGUCGGACGUUGCGGUUCCCACUCUCUUUUCUUCUGAAAUCAAAGGACUUCUUUAUGUGCACACUGCAAAAUCAGAGGUUAUGAAGUUUUGUGCCUGAAAGAUCCAUCACGCUACAGCAAUCGGAUAGAGGACUCCAGUGAUGAUAGACCUGUGAGUAGCUUUCAAUGGCUCAGAGCAGCAUGACCACAGCAGAGCCUCAUGGUUCAGCACCACGCUCUUGCCCUGCCAUCUACCCCAACCCCGAGCACACCAAGGAGGACUUUGAAGAGCAUCAGGACACUGAGGUGUCCCAACACCCCUACCACAACCAAGAAGAACCAGAUUUGACAGACAGCAGACCAACCACACCCACCACUCCAGACCAUGGCCACACAGACUACCACAGCCAUCCGGACAGUCUGGAUGGAGACUCUAGCUCAGACUACAUCAACAAUACAUCUGAUGAAGAGGAGGAUGAUUACGAUGAAGGGCUGCCAGAGGAGGACGAAGGUGUGACAUAUUAUAUCCGCUAUUGCCCUGAGGAUGACAGCUACCUGGAAAGCAUGGACUGUAACGAGCCAGAGUAUGGACACCCGGACGGUUGCAUGGAGCCUCCUCCAGACACGGAUGAGUGCCAUAAGGCAGAUGAGGAUUGGGUGGAGGGAGUGGAGGAUGGACAUGGUGAUGGAGAGGUGCGUUGUGAAGUGCUAGAUCAGGAUUCUGACCAGCAGUUAUACGACGGCAGACCUGAACCUGUCCUUGAUCACCACAGACACUACCCAGAUCCCCACCAGGACCAGCCUCUACCUCCAGCUGAAGAUCAGGAGGCACAGGAUGUCGAGGAGAUUGAGGGCUACUGCCCUGAUCAGGAGGAAGAUCCACAGGUGGGGCAAGACAGAGAUGCCUACACAGGUGACUUCUAUGGCUCAGAGGACAAUGGGAACUCUGUGCGAGCAUCACCCUAUCGGGUACAUAAGGGCAAGGUGGGGGAGACAGGAGAGGAUGCAGAGGAGGAUAUCGAUCAGAUAGUGGCAGAGAUUAAGAUAAGUAUGAGUAUGGGCAGUCUUAGUAGUGGCACUGAUCAGAGCCCAGAGGAACUGGCACCUGAUCCAGAACCUAGUGGGUAUCAGGCAGAGACACACUCCAAGCUUGAACCCAUUCCGUGCCCUCAGCCUCACCGUCAUGAUGGUAGACCCAAAUCCCUUAACAUCCCCUCUGCCCGACACAACUCAGAGCUCCAGAGGAGCUUUAAGGUGCGAGCUCACACACCAGACGAGAGACAGAGAUGGACGCAGGACCAAGUCAGAGAGCAGGUGUCUAAUAGUGCAGAACAGCCAAGGAAGCAGCAGCGGUCUGAUCUGAAUGGACCUCUGGAUAACAACAAUGUCCCUGAGCCAACAAAGAAGACGGCCUCAUUUCCCAGCUUCGUGGAUGUGCCUGGUCCCUGUGAGCCCGAGGACCUCAUUGAUGGGAUUAUCUUCGCCGCAAACUACCUCGGCUCCACUCAGCUCCUGUCGGAAAGGAAUCCAUCCAAAAACAUCAGGAUGAUGCAGGCCCAGGAGGCAGUGAGCCGGGUCAAGAGGGUACAGAAGGCAGCCAAAAUCAAGAAAAAGAGCCCAGAGGGAGAUGCUCAGUCUUUGACGGAGGUGGAUCUUUUCAUCUCAACUCAAAGGAUCAAAGUACUGAAUGCAGACUCCCAGGAGACCAUGAUGGAUAACACAUUGCGCACCAUCUCAUACAUUGCUGACAUCGGGAACAUUGUGGUUUUGAUGGCAAGACGCCGCAUGCCACGCACCGCCUCACAGGACUGUAUCGAGACAACUCCUGGAGCCCCCGAGGGCAAGAAACAGUACAAAAUGAUUUGCCAUGUCUUUGAGUCAGAAGAUGCCCAGCUCAUAGCACAAUCCAUUGGUCAGGCAUUCAGCGUGGCCUACCAGGAAUUCCUCAGAGCCAACGGGAUCAACCCAGAGGACUUGAGUCAGAAAGAGUACAGCGACAUCAUCAACACACAGGAGAUGUACAACGAUGAUCUCAUCCACUUCUCAAACUCUGACAACUGCAAAGAGUUGCAGCUCGAUAAACAGAAGGGAGAGAUUCUGGGCAUAGUUAUUGUGGAGUCUGGCUGGGGCUCCAUUCUGCCCACAGUGAUCCUGGCUAACAUGAUGAAUGGAGGCCCUGCCGCCCGUUCUGGGAAGCUCAGCAUCGGUGACCAGAUCAUGUCAAUCAACAACACCAGCCUGGUGGGGCUGCCUCUCGCCACCUGUCAGGGAAUCAUCAAGGGUCUGAAAAAUCAGGUGCAGGUGAAGUUGAAUAUUGUGAGCUGCCCUCCUGUAACCACAGUUCUUAUUAAGAGACCAGACCUCAAGUACCAGCUGGGUUUCAGUGUGCAGAAUGGUAUUAUUUGUAGUCUAAUGCGAGGGGGAAUUGCAGAGAGAGGAGGGGUGAGGGUUGGUCAUCGCAUCAUUGAGAUAAACGGUCAAAGUGUUGUGGCCACGGCACAUGAGAAGAUUGUCCAAGCCCUCUCCAAUUCUGUGGGCGAGAUACAUAUGAAGACUAUGCCAGCCGCCAUGUUUAGACUCUUAACUGGGCAGGAGACCCCUAUAUAUAUGUGACUUCAGCUGAGAUAAAUGGCCCUGGGCACACAGAGUUUAGAGAAAUGCUUGAAUGUUUAGAGAAAUGCUUGAAUGUCUUUUUGCUACCCAUGUUUUAUUUAUUUGCAAUUAUUUUUGCGUGUGGAUGUUGUUGGAGAGAUGCAAGUUUAUUUUGUAAAUAUGUAAUUGUUAUAUCAGUAUCAGAAAGGAAUGGAAAAGCCAGAGUGAGAAGUCUAGACAGUACAUGUCCAAAAUUCAAGCCAAGUGGCCAUUCAAAGAGCAUAGAUUGUCACCGAAUCUAAACUGCAAUCACAUGCACUGAAUCAAUACACUUUCCCUACACAACAGAUGACUGUAGUCCUAGUGUCCAUUACAAUCAUGCAAAUGAUUCUUUGGCAUUAUACGGUUUUUGAAAUCUGCUCAGUAAGUACAAAACACAGUAUAAAAUGAAUUUUGCAAGACUUACAAUUAUCAGCAGUUGUGCACAUGCAGGGACUUUAUCAACAAGGAAAAAAAUUUCCAUAUCAUCAGCAUUCAUCAAUGAAUAAAUCUCAUUUAGUGGGAAAUAAAGACUUAACUGAGCAAAUUUUGAGAGUAGUUUUUUUUACACACAAAAUGAGCAAAUCUUUUGUAAAAAAAAAAAAAAAAACACACAAUUUCUGGACUUCUCCCAUGCUGUAAUAAUCAGCCAUUCUCUUGCCAUGCUGUGAAUUAGUUUUGUUUCAAACGCAUAAACAUUGUAUGAAAUUUUUAAGAGUUUAUUUUUUAUGUGUGCUUUUUUGUGUAUGCCCAGCUGCAUCACAUUUGAGUCAGUGGUGAAUGUAAUAGUGUUGUUAACAGUGUGUCCACGUCCUUAAGCAGUAUUAGAAUGUCUGUACAUAAACGUUAAACCUUGUUUAGUACUGUGUCCUUGUAGGAAUCACUGUUAGUCCCAUUUCAUCUAUGUGAGGCUUUGGCCUUCAGAAAAUAAGACGACACUGUGACCAAAAGCCUUACUACUGAGUAAGAAAGCUUUUGAAAAUGAAUUGUAAUAAUAAAAAAAAGAAAUGUGAAACAACUAAUAAUACAUGAACAUGAGUACAUGUCUGCAUGCAUCUUAAAAAGACAUUAUGGCAAAAUAAUAAUAAAGUGUAAUAUAAGCCCUUCAUGAUGAUAUCCCUUGCAUUUUGAUUAUCUGACAGUUCUGGUUGGUUUGUUUGAAAAUAAAAGCUAAAAAAUGGCUUCAAGUAAUAAAACCUUAGUGGGUCAUACAACCUGUAUCAAUAUCCAUGCCAACCAUUUCUAACAGUGGCCAGCUUCCAGGGCUUAAAAAUAGCUCCUUUGCCUGAUAUUAUGGCCCUAAUGAGCGCAGAUUUGAGGCUCACAGUUGGAAAUCAGUUCAGCCAGCUCAGAUUUCUGAAGUUUUUACAAACACACACACACUUAAUAUUGAAACUCUUAUCUCUUGUUAUUGGAGAUUGCUGAGCUUUAUGACAAGAUAGAGCGAGGACAUGAUGGUAUUCAUUCAAGGGUGUGAUGUGGAAUCUCUAAUCAUAAUCCAAAUUUACAUGGUCGUUGCUCCCCCUAGAGGUUAUAGAAAUACACUACAAAUCUUUUCAUUAGGGGUUCAUAAAUGGGCUUGCAAUCAAACUUAUUGAUCUAUCAGGAAACUUGAUAUUUAUUGAUCUAAUACAGCUU